UAUAAUAAUUAAUAAUUAUUACAUUUAAUAUUAUUUCAUAUUUGUAAGAAAUAUACUUAUACACCUAAGCAAGCUUAUAGGUUGAAUUUAAGUAGAUAUUUACUAUUUUCCUAUUUGGUCUAAACUUGAGUUCAAAUUAUACUUAACAUUAUCAUAAUUCAGUUCUUGAUUGGUUAUUGACAUAUGCUGAUUGUUUUUUGCAAUAAUUCAGACAUUUAUUCAAUUUAAAUAAGAUUAUUAUAAUAUGGAUAAUAACCAUGAAACAACUGCAACUAAGCCAGAAGGAUUGGAACAGGAUGAAUUGAUAAUUCAACAACAUCGAGAAAUUGAAAAAGAGAUUUCCGAUUCUAUAUUGUUAAUUGGUCAAAAAGAAGAAUUAACAUCACUUGAAACUGAAUACAUAAAUGAUCCCGUUUACUUAACUAAAAUUCAAGAUCUAAAUAAAAAGUACAAAUGCAUGAGACGUGCAAGACCAGAUGGUAAUUGCUUCUUUAGGUCAUUUGCUUUUGCAUAUUUUGAAUAUUUGAUGGACCAUAAUGAAGAAUAUAAGCAUUUCAAAGAACGUGCACUAAAAAGCAAGGAUGAAUUGAUCUCUUGUGGUUUUACUCAAUUUACAUUAGAGGAUUUUCACGAUACAUUUAUGGAAGUGGUCAAUUUGAUUGGUGAAGGCCAACAUGAGAAAUUAUAUGAUACUUUUAAUAUGCAAGGUUACUCAGACUAUGUAGUGGUGUAUCUUCGUUUGAUAACCUCAGGACAACUUCAAAAAGAUGCAGAGUUUUAUAAGCAUUUUAUUGAAGGGGAUCGGACUGUUGUAGAGUUUUGUCACCAGGAAGUAGAGCCGAUGUUCAAAGAAAGUGAUCAUAUUCAUAUUAUUGCAUUGAGUACUGCGUUAAAUGUUGGAGUUCGAGUAAGAUACAUGGACAGAGGUGAAUCAUCUGAAGCUAUUGCCCAUGAUUUCCCUGAAGGAUCUCCAGUCUGUGUUCAUCUUCUCUAUAGGCCUGGCCAUUAUGAUAUAUUAUACAGUAGAUAAAGUCAAAUGUGUUUAAUUUUGAAAUUAAUUAAUUAAUACAAUCAAAUUUAACAUCAUUAUUUAGAUGGUUGUUUUAUUUAAAUAUUAAAAAAAGAAAAGAAAUUGAUAGUUCCAUAUAUAAAUUACACCAACUCAUCAAAUAUCUUAAGCUUGAUUGAACUUAUUUAAUAGAUUUUUAAUUAAAUAAUUGUACACUCAUACUAUAGAUUUACUUGCUCACAAAUUAUGUGUUUUUAUGUUAUACAAUACUGUCUGAAAAGCAAAUAAAUUUUUGUUUCUAAUGUUUCUUGGUGAUGUGCAAUAAUAAUAGUACUUUAUUUUUUUUUUUAUAUGAUUUUGAAAUAAAAAGUUAAGUUUAUUGA